AUGAUCCUCCCAGGCCACGCUCUGGUAUCUCGCAAGAUCAUCCAGGGCCUCAUCUCUCCGUCCCUACAAAUCCAACCAUGCGGCGUUGACCUCACCCUCAAAAGAGUCCUGACCUGGACAUCCGCGGGCUCCGUCGACCUCAACAACUCCCACCGCCAGACAGCAUCCACCAAGGAAAUACCAUUUACCACCAUCAACUGCAGCAGCCACAGCGGGGGAGAGCACCAUGAUGAAGCGCUUGAACUACCACCCGGCUCGUAUCUGGUUGAGUUCAAUGAAACGGUCUCUGUGCCGCUGGAUGUGAUGGGUCAGUUGUUUGUGCGCAGCUCGUUGUUCAGGUCUGGCGCUGUGUUGAAUGCUGGGGUGAUGGAUGCUGGGUAUACGGGUGCAGUGGGAGCAAUGUUACAGGUGGUGAACCCGGCGGGGCUUCGGGUGUAUAAGGGAGCGAGGCUGGGACAGUUUGUGUUCCAUCAGAUGAGCGAGCCGGUGGAAGGGUAUGACGGGGUGUAUCAGGGGAGUACGAAGGUUGGUUAG